AAUGUUUCAGUCUUUCCAAUUGUUCAUUCGGCAUGGUAGCCGAUAUUAGUUAGUUUUAAAUAUAGUAUUACCGUAUUUUCUGCACUAUAAGGCGCACCGGAUUAUAAGGCGCACCUUUAAUGAAUGGCCUAUUUUGAAACUUUGUUCAUAUAUAAGGCGCACCGCAUUAUAAGGCGCAUAGAAUAGACGCUACAGUAGAGGCUGGGGCUACGUUAUGCAUCCCGUAGUUGCUCAAUAUUGGUCCAUAUAUAAGGCGCACCGGAUUAUAAGGCGCACUGUCAGCUUUUGAGAAAAUUGGAGGUUUUUAGGUGCGCCUUAUAGUGCGGAAAAUACGGUAGUAAUAUUAUUCUACAGCUCCCAGGAACAAGUCUUUGAGACAUGGGUCCAUGUUGCAACAUAUGGUGAUGGUCGUGGUUUAAGGCAAUAGCACAACAAUGGGCCAUCUGGGGAUUCAAAAGGGCAUCAAUAAAAUGCAGAUGGCAGAACAUCUGUCUGCCCCUUGCACCGCCAGACCUGACAAUGAACAAGUCAAAAGCUAGUUAUUGCAACAUUACAGUCAUUAAAAGGAGGGGGAAAGUGAUCUGUGGUCAUAUCUGUCAUGGCUAGACCUCCCAGCAAUACUCCUGUUUUGGCACAGGCACACAAGACAACACACGUGUGGUCACACAGGUACACAUGUAAUUCAAAACACAGGUGAUCACCAGCUUCAUGCUGUCAGGUUCAAACACUGAUGACAUCUACUAAUCAGACAAGAAGCAAGGAAUCAUGCAGAGACAGAGUUCAAUUUAGCUCAUGAGGAGAAUGCAGGGAGCUGCACACUUAGUCACAGUCUCGCCCUACGCUCCAAGGUACAGCUCCCGCGUCCCUCUAUUUAUUCAGGAGUUCCACAGUCAACAUCACUGAGGCCGCCUCUAAAAGGAGUGGUCACAUAUAUCAUGCAAAGCAGGUCCAGUAUGCACAAUAUGGACGGAAUGUGCUGGGGCCUUGUGAUUGGCUUGUUUCUGCUUCGUCUGCGUGCUGUCAUCUUAUCUUCGUUGAGGUCGUUGAGGUCCUUGGCGGUUAGCGGGCUAAAAUAAAGAUAACGUCUGUGGCUGAGGCCACCCUUCAGACAAGAAGUUUUGUCCUUACACAGAUAGAAAAAAUGCAGCUUGAGCACAAUAGCUAAUAACUAUAGCAACGGACUUUAAGCAUACUAAAGUUGUGUGAUAAUAUAUGUAUACAUGAUUAUUCUAACAAUGCACAAGUGGUUAGUGACUCAAACGAAUGCAGUGAGUGGGGUCAAUUCUCUUCAUCCUCACUGAAACAUAAUAUGAGUCUUCAGUCCUCCAAAGCAGUGGUUCUCAACCUUUUUUCAGUGAUGUACCCCCUUUUUUAAUUCCAAGUACCCCCUAAUCAGAGCAAAGCAUUUUUGGUUGGAAAAAAAGAGAUAAAGAAGUAAAAUACAGCACUAUGUCAUCAGUUUCUGAUUUAUUCAAUUGUAUAACAGUGCAAAAUAUUGCUCAUUGUAGUGGUCUUUCUUGAACUAUUUGGGGAAAAAAAGAUAGGUUUUUAUUUAUAUUUAUAAAGGAUUUUUGAAUUGUUGCUAUUUUUAGAAUAUUUAAAAAAAAUCUCGUGUACCCCUUGGCAUACCUUCAAGUACCCCCAUUUGAGAAGCACUGCUCCAAAGCACUUUUGAAAAUGGCUUUUUUGUUUAUUUCAUUAAUCAUGUAUUUCUGGCUGUAAAUGAUUGCUGUGAUAAAGUUAUUCACGUUAUUCUUUUCAAGGAGCUGUCCAGACAUGGAUUCAAAGUCUGUUUGAAGAAAUAUAUUUUUAAGAAAAAAUGAGAAGAAUACAAUUUUGUAAACAUAAAAUAUGCUGCAAGAUCAGUCUUUUUUUCCCCCCCAACCCAACAACAAAGUACCUUCUCAUGCGCUCGGCUGAGCAGCUGUUUGCCAGGCUUGAGAGAGACUUUAGGAUGGCAUUUUGGUGGAGAUUCUGUCUUCUGCUACUUUUCUUUCCACCGACAGCGGAGGCUCUGGUGGUGUACGACCCCAGACUGUGCUACAUCCUGGAUGGCUUCCUGAGUCUGUACGGCCUGGUGAUUACCGCCAUGUUCAUCAAGGAGAAGUUCUUCAAAACUAAGUUGUAUGGCAGCUACACGGAUGAAAAAGGCCAAAGGGCAGGAGGCGACUUGCAGCAGAGAGGCGACCCGGAGAGAGGACGCAACCGCUGGCUGACGGACAAUGCAACAUACACGGGCUUGAAAAGGCAAACAGAUGGCGACUACAAAGAACUUCCUGUUAAAAGAGAACGACCCAGAAAGAACGAGUUGAUUUACCAGGGUCUCAGCUCUGCCACUAGAGACACGUAUGACACUCUGCGGAUGAAGCAACUUCCUGUGCCCACAACAGACUGAACUCUCUUUUCAGUGCUUUUCUGCUCUUUAAUAUGUCGUCUUUCAAUCACGCACAUGAAGUAUACCAAAUAAAACCUGCAUCCAAUUUGAA